UCUCUACUUCAUGCAUUGGUGACACUGUUGGCGUAUGCUACGACUCGCUACGGCCAGCUACGACUGUUGUUCGAUAGAUCGAGUCGAUGAGGCGUCGGGGAAUAAAGUCAGCAGGCAGACUGUUCUAUGUGGCUCGCAGAAUAUCGUUUUGCAUGGAAAAGUCAUCGUUCAGUCCGAUGCCAUAAUUCGAGGGGACCUCGCCAGUGUCAGGACUGGGAGAUAUUGCAUUAUUAGCAAGAAUGUUGUUAUCCGACCGCCUUUUAAGAAAUUCAGCAAGGGGAUUGCUUUCUUCCCUCUCCAGAUGGGAGACCACGUCUUCGUGGGGGAACGUGCCGUUGUCAACGCAGCUGUAGUUGGCUCUUACGUAUAUAUAGGAAAAAAUGCAGUAAUUGGAAGGAGAUGCAUUCUGAAAGAUUGUAGCUACAUAGAGGAUGGUGCCGUGGUGCCUCCGGAGACUGUGAUACCUUCCUUCACUCGUUUUUCUGGAAAUCCUGCCGUGUGUGUAGAAGAUCUGCCUGAGUGUACUCAAGACCUCAUGUUGGAUUUUACUAAGGAUUAUUACCAGCAUUUCCUGCCAGCAAAGAUCUAACUACCUUCAGAAAAGUUUUAGGAUCAAGAAAGUCGGUAGAGUUUCGAGCCAAAUACAUUUGACCGAGGAAUUCGUCCUGUCGAAUGAUGAGCGAUUUUAUUUAUUUUCAUGCCCAAGUGAGAUAUUAGGUAAUAUAAUAACGGUAUUAAAUAUUUACCAGUGGUUACGGAAGUGACCUCAUACAUUUUUUAUUUCAGAAUAUACCGAGUUUUACUUUAUGCAAACCAACA